CGUGUGUCAGUAGGAGAUGAAGGGUGUGUGUGAAAGAAAUCCAGUGCACUUCCCCCACAAGUAAGCAUAAAAAUAAUUUGGAAGUUACGUUUUCUCACAGUUGCUUGGGCUGGACUGUGCUUGAACCAAGAUCAAGAGGGAGUGUGUGUGUGUGUGUGUAUGGCAAAAAUGAGGGUCUAGAGAGGGAGGGUAUAAAACCUGGAUCUCAUCCGGUAUCCCUAGACACAUGACUCUGCCACAGAGCAACAAAGUCUGAAUUUAUUGGAAACAGAAGACAACAUAAACUGAAAAGUGUUUGGUCACCGAAAAUUCAGCGUUUGUGAAUGUUCCGGCAUUUUCAUUGUCUUUCUUUCUAGAGUUAUGGAAGGGCAGAGUGGUGGCAGGGCUGGGGAAGAGGCAGAGUGUAUAGGGAAGAGUCAGGGCUUGACCUUCUGGCUGGCCAGGCCGGAGGAUUACCACGAGGUCAUGUCCAUUUCUGAAGACAUCUACUGGGGGAACGACUACCUGCCCUAUCGCUACCACAUCUGGAUGACUCAGCCCCAUCGACUGGUCAUACUGGCACGCAAGAACAGCAAACUGGUGGGUCUGGAGUCGGGCUUGGUGGUGGACGGAGCGGAGACGGUCGUGGUGGAGGGCCUGAGAGUGAGUCCUGAGGAGAGGGGCCGAGGCAUGGCGGGGAUCCUCCAGUGUUUCGUCGACGACUUCUUCAAAAGACGCUAUCCCACGCUGCAGCGGGCCAGGCUGACCCGCGACGACGACCCCGGCCCACAGCGGAGCCUCACCUUGCUGGACAAACGGUCUGUCCUCUCCCUCUGCUGUGAGGCUGGCCAGUACCACGACUUCCUGUUUCAUCUGAGGACCAGGCUGGGAGAGGAGGAGGGGAGGAAGAACCCUGGUGUGGAGGAGGAGGAGAAGAACGAGGAGGAGGAGGAGAGAUCUGUGCCUGAGCUGCUCUUCCUUGAAGGUAGAGAUCUGAGGUCGGUCCUCCUCCUACCCUCCCUCCCCUCCAGGGUCUCCCUCCCCUGCCGGAUCCAUCAUACGUGACUGGCUGCCGGUUCUCCCAAUCCACAGCAACCUCCCCCUACUAGACAGGCCGGAGCACAUCUGGUUGGUGGAUCAACCUCAGAGUCCCUCCUUCCUCAGCCUCCACACGCGGCCCUACCCAAUCCCAUUUGGGGGCGGGGCGGAGGGUGUGCCUGAGCAUGGACCUGUUUGGGACCAGUGUGGCUUUAGCGCGGCAGGCCUUGACCCAGCACCUGGAGAGGGCAAGCUCGGACGUGUUCAGGGCGGUGCUGGUGCACGUGGUUCAUGGACAGCUCUCUGCUGGAGCGCCUGGCCCCAGUUCUGUGAGGGCGGAGCGGCCAAGAGGUGUGAGGUGCGGUGGGACCAGGUGCUGAUGGAGAGAGAUAUCUUGGACAGAGAGUAAAAAAGAGAGACAGAGAGCAUGUGAUUAGUGGUGUGUGUGUGUGAGAGAGAGAGAGAGAGAGACAGACAGAGAAAGAGAGAGAGAGAGAGAGCAAGUGAGCGAGAGAGCGAGCGAAUGAGUAGGAAGUGGAAGGGAACAACAAGAGGUGAGGCAUUAAAGAGAGAAAGACAAGAUAAACCAACUUUAAAUAAGACCCAGCGAGUUAGGGAUCAAAUGACUAAACGAGUGAGUAAAGAGGGCGAGAGAGUAACAGAAGGAGUCAAAUGGAAAGGAGAAAAAGGCCCCUUGGGUGAGGAAAGGAUGCAGGAAAGAGAAUGGGCAGGGAAGGAGGUAGGGGAAGCAAAGGCAGAACAAAGAGGCAUGGAAUUACAGUGAAACAAGGGUGCGCACACACAAAGCACACACACACAUGCACACACACACACACUUAGUAAGACACACACAGACACACAUUCAAACACGCAUGCACACACAUAGUAGCACACACACGGGCACACACCCAGACCUGCACACACACACGGACAUUCUACACAUCCACAGAAACACACACAUCAUUAAAUGCACAGUGCACACUAUAAUCAGUCCUUAUCAGUCCAUUCACCAGUGCUCUCAACCCCUUGCUCACUCCAAACCCGGGCUGUGUGUGUGUGUGUGUGUGUGUGUCAAUCAGCUUUCCUUUGUCUGAACGGGAUGGAGCAGCCAGAGGGGAUGAGUGGGAUGGAUGUAGAGGGAUGGAGGGAGGGAGAUAAAAAAGGAGAAAAAAAAACAGGGCAAAAAGAAGGAAGGGGUGAGCGAAAGGCGACGGAAAAUGCGAAAUCUCCACGUGUGAGGUGUUCGAUGGGGUUUUGUCCGUGUGUGUCUGUGGUGUCUGUGUGGAUACAAACACAUCGUUUUGGUGUGUAUUGGAUUUUGCCGUGUGUGUGUCUGUGUGUGUGUGUCUCAGUUUCAGAAUCCCGCCAGUGCACCACAACACUCAUGCACCAAUGAUGUGAACGUUUGACACACCAUUCCCUCUGGCCAUGCUCGGAUUAGUCAGUGGUGAAGACGCUCCACUGUCCUUCGUGAAGCGCUUUCUUUCCAGUGUUUCCAAUACUCUCGUUUUCUGUGUGUCAGUGAAGAAUAAAGACGUUGAAGACAA